AUGUCCGAUGGAUCUUCGGCUGUGCCAGAGCCGGGCAACAUGACUUCCAUGGACUACUAUGCGGACUCGUAUGCCCAUUUUGGUAUUCACGAGGAAAUGCUGAAGGAUGAGGUGCGCACGCUCUCCUACCGCCAGGCCAUUCAGAACAAUCCUCACCUAUUCAAGGGCAAAACUGUGCUGGACGUUGGCUGCGGCACCGGUAUUUUGUGCAUGUUUGCAGCCAAAGCAGGCGCGAAAAAAGUCAUCGGUGUGGAUAUGAGUAAUAUUAUCGACCAAGCGCGCGUCAUCGUGAAGGCCAAUGGCCUAGACAACAUCAUCUCGCUUGUCAAGGGCAAGCUCGAGGAGGUGGACCUAGGUCUUGGUCCGGACGGCAAGGUGGACAUCAUUGUCAGUGAGUGGAUGGGCUACUUUCUGCUAUACGAGAGUAUGCUUGACACAGUCUUGCUUGCCCGUGACAAGUACCUGCGUCCAGACGGCAUUAUGAUGCCAGACCACGCCACGCUGUACCUCUCUGCGAUCGAGGACCAGGAAUACAAAGAAGAAAAGAUCGACUUUUGGGACAAUGUGUAUGGCUUUGACUACUCGUGCAUCAAAGAAAUCGCGCUGCGUGAGCCGCUUGUCGAUACCGUCGAGCUGCGCAGUGUGGUCUGUGAUCCAGCGCCCCUAGUUGACCUCGAUCUGAUGACCGUAAAAAAGGAGGACCUCCAGUUCAAGGUGCCCUUCAAACUCCAUGCUACCCGCAACGAUUAUGUGCAUGCUUUCCUGGGCUGGUUCGACAUUGGUUUUGAGGCAUGCCACAAACCCGUGCGCUUCUCGACGGGGCCUCAUUCGCGCUACACGCAUUGGAAGCAGACCGUGUUUUACACGCCCGGCACACUCACGGUCGCCCAAGGUGAUGUGAUUCAAGGCACACUGUCUUGCAUGCCCAACGCGCGCAACAACCGCGACCUCGACAUCUGCAUCGCAUACAAACUAGAUGGUGCCAACCCCGUGGAGGACUCUAUGGACUACAAGAUGUCUUAA